GAGAUUUGCGGCGAUUCAGCGUGCCUACCCGGCUUCCCCGGUUAUUGUUUAGUUGGUCGCCGCUUACACCAGUCUUAGCAGCUACUAUGAUGCGGCUCCGUUGUAAAACCCGACAGGGCACACACUUACUACAGGGGCUGACAGAGGUGUCCAGUGUCCGGGAGCUGCAGGAGCUUAUAGCGGGGGUAAGCGGCAUCUCCGGGCCCACACAGCGAGUCAUGGUGGGCUAUCCCCCUGCCAGUCUGGACCUGAGCGAUGCUGACGCCCCCCUGCGGGAGCUGCCAAUCAAAUCAGGUGACACAUUGGUUGUGGAAGAAGAUAAAAGCAGGAAUGCUACUGUCGUGAAGCAAUAUGUAAAUGAUCAGACUCUGCCAAGCGCUCCAGCAAUUGUUCGUAGAGUAGUUCCAGCAGACAAUUCCUGUCUCUUUACAAGUGUUUACUAUGUGGUGGAAGGUGGUGUAUAUGACCCAGCGUGCGCACCAGAAAUGCGCAGCCUUAUAGCUGAAAUUGUUGCCAGUGAUCCCACAAGUUAUUCUGAAGCUGUGCUUGGAAAAAGUAAUGAAGAGUAUUGCUUGUGGAUUCGUAGGGAUGACACAUGGGGUGGAGCUAUAGAAGUUUCAAUACUUUCCAAAUUUUAUCAGUGUGAAAUUUGUGUAGUAGAUACCCAGACAGUGAGAAUAGAUCGUUUUGGGGAAGACGCUGGUUACAGCAGACGGGUUUUUCUAAUUUAUGAUGGCAUUCACUAUGACCCUUUACAGCGCCAGUUUCCUGAUCCUAGCAUGCCACCUAUGACCAUUUUUUCCACAACAGAUGAUGAUGCACUGGUGCAGGCCUUAGAGUUGGCAGAUGAAGCAAGGAAAAAAAGGAAAUUCACAGAUGUGAAUAGAUUUGCUCUACGUUGUAUGGUUUGCCAGAAAGGAUUAACUGGACAGUCAGCAGCAAGAGAUCAUGCCAAGGAAACCGGGCACACCAACUUUGGGGAGGUGUAGUAUCCCAAACUUUGGAAAAUUGGUGAAAACUACCUCGUACCCCAGAACCCAGUAUAACGUGCAUAUGCAGUGAUAUUCUGAAAACAACUAAGGAAAGUAGGCAACACCUGCUUUCUUUCUUUUUUCUUUUUUUUUUUUUUUUUCCAUCAGGGUUUUGGGAUAUUUAUUGUGUUUAAAGCUGAACUAUCGCCAAUUUUUUGGCAGUUUUAAGAUUAUUUAAAUGAUUUAUGGUUAAAAUAAGUUUCAUGCCACAGGCUAAAGGUACCCAUAUGCAUUAGGUGGCUCCAAUGCCGGCCAUCAGGGUAGCAAAAAAUAUUUUAUCUGGCACAAGUAUUCCUAAUGCUUUUAUACUGUAUGUGGUAUUGUGUUUUUUUUUUUUUUUUUGGUCUGUGAAUUUGAUAGCGCACAGUCAGCCAGUGGCUAACGAGCCAAAGUGGCUGAACAGCUGCUAAUGUGAUCUUUGACAAGUACGUAUAUCCACACACACUUACUUUUAGUGCUUUCUUACACUUUAUUCUGGCAAAGAAGCCGACAGAUGUAAAUUUUUCCAACAGUUAAAUAAUUAUAUUAAGAUGAAAUGCUUCUUGGCAUAAUGGUGUGGUUUUUAAACUAAACCAACUAGGGGUUAAGUGUAUGCAUGUGUAAAAAUCCUUCAUUUAAUCUACAGUAGCUGUCAGUUCAUUAAUUACCUAAAUGUAAUCUUAAAUAGUACCCCCAUCUGCCUGUAAACUAUAAUAUCUGCAUUAGAAAACUGGCUAAAAAAGAUACCACUUUUUUUUUUUUUUUUUUGCAUACUGUACAUACACUGCAUUUAACAAUGUUUGCGUACAAUUGCUUUAUUCUGUAAUAGGUGCUAUGUCCCACCUUUUUCAGUAUCUCCUCAGUAUACCACUUCAGCCAUUUGAAAAUCCAAUGUAGAUGCAACAUUCUGAAAGGUAUAUAGGACUAAACAAACGCCUACUGUAUAUAUCCAACGACAUUAUGGUCUGGUAACUCUCCCAAGCAGCAGUUACUGCAGUCUGGGAGAUUGUGUCCUGUAUACAUUACAAAGUAUGUCUUUGGGUUGCGGUAGCAGAUGGGCGAGGUGGAUUGCUAAAAAACAGACAUGGCACAAUUGGGGCCCUUUCACACAUACCCUGGCCCUUUGCGGAUGAAAACGGGACAUACAUGGGUCCCUAUGUGAU